ACAGAGAGGGGAAGAAGUCCGUGUUGAAGUCAUUUCAAAGCAGUGCACGUCUAAUCUGUGUCCUGACCAAAGCAGGUGUGUGUGAGAGGGAGAAGGAGAAAGCAAACAGAGACAGAGAGGGGGGGAGAGUGGAGAGAGGGAGGGAGAUACAGAGGGUGAGACAGAGAAGCAAACAGAGAGGAGAGAGAGGGAGGAUUGCUUCUUUCUCUGGAUGCCAGCAGCAGCAGCAGCAGCAGCAGCAACAACAGCAGCAGCACUUCAUCCGGACCAGAGGUGACCGGGGCUGGGGGUGAAGGUGUGUGUGUGUGCGUGCGUGUGUGUGUUGCGCGUGUGGAGAGACUGCAGGAGCGGGAGAGAGGCUCAACUUGCUCCCCUCUCCGCCGCCGCUCUGUCCUCUGUGUGCGCCGCGGCUCCUCUCCUCCUGUUCUCCGGGACACGGGCAGGCAUCUGGCGUGGUGAGAUGUGAAGAGGCUUGAAGUAUGGCAUGCAAAGAUGGUUUCUGCCAAGACGAAGGAGACGGUGACAGCGAUGUGCCCCGCUUUUAUUCGGACCCUCUUCUACUUUUUCUGUUUGGCGACUUGUGUAAAGAAAAUCUCUGGACAGACAAAGAAGGAUGAAAGGAUAUACCCGGAGAAUUUUACGCGCAUUUUAGACCGACUUCUGGACGGCUAUGACAACAGGCUACGACCCGGAUUUGGAGGUCCCGUGACUGAGGUCAAGACCGACAUAUAUGUAACAAGUUUUGGGCCUGUCUCAGAUGUUGAAAUGGAGUACACAAUGGACGUGUUCUUCCGGCAGACGUGGGUGGACCGCAGGUUAAUGUAUGAGGGCCCGAUAGAGAUUUUGAGGCUGAACAAUCUGAUGGUGACUAAAGUGUGGACCCCAGACACCUUCUUCAGGAAUGGCAAAAAGUCAGUCGCUCACAACAUGACGGCCCCCAACAAGCUUUUCCGCAUCAUGAAGAAUGGCACCAUUCUGUACACCAUGAGGUUGACUAUCAGUGCUGAAUGUCCCAUGAAGCUUGUGGACUUCCCCAUGGAUGGACAUGCAUGUCCUCUCAAGUUUGGAAGCUAUGCCUAUCCUAAAACAGAAAUGAUCUAUACUUGGACCAAAGGGCCUCAGCAUUCAGUCGAGGUCCCUCCUGAGUCCUCCAGCCUCGUUCAGUAUGAUCUCAUCGGCCAGACGGUCUCCAGUGAAACCAUUAAAUCCAUCACAGGUGAAUACGUGGUGAUGACGGUCUACUUCCACUUGAAACGUAAAAUGGGCUACUUCAUGAUUCAGACGUAUAUCCCCUGCAUAAUGACAGUAAUCCUCUCCCAAGUGUCCUUCUGGAUAAAUAAAGAAUCAGUCCCGGCACGCACAGUCUUCGGCAUCACCACCGUCCUGACCAUGACAACACUCAGCAUCAGCGCUCGCCACUCCCUUCCCAAGGUGUCGUACGCCACAGCGAUGGACUGGUUCAUCGCUGUCUGUUUCGCCUUCGUCUUCUCUGCCCUCAUUGAGUUUGCCGCCGUAAACUACUUCACCAACGCGCAGAUCGAGCGGGCCAAAAAGAAGCCGGCCAAAUGUCCCCCGGUGCCCCAAACCACGCCUGUCAAGGUCAAGGACACAGAGGAAGUGCUGCAGAAUCCUGAUAGCAAUGGUAACCUGAGAAAACGGAUGAAUUAUAUCUCCCACCAAGAGUCCAGCAGUCAUCAGAGAGCUCAGUCCACCACCAACAUCUCAGGAGUGGGGAGAGCGAGACCGCUGCGACCUUUAGCCAGCGGAGCCAACGGCAGCUCGUCCACCCUGUCCCGCUCCAGCCCCAAGUCUGAGAGCCUCCUCAGCGUGGCCUCAUCUUCUGCCCAGCUGGUGAAGAGUACGCCCCAGGCUGCUGCUUCCACACCAGACGUGAUGGCGGGGACACCGUGCAAGCAGAACGCCAGCUCCUCGUCUCUGCAGCAUCUGCUGGGGCCUAAGCUGGAGCGCAUUCAGAUGAUGGGGAACAAACUGGAGCUAAAGCAGACGCCGUGCUCCCAGCCCACCACUGCUGGUAUGGGCGGAACCAGCAAAAUUGACAAGUAUGCACGGAUCCUGUUCCCAGUGUCUUUUGGGGCUUUUAAUAUGGUCUACUGGGUGGUUUACUUAUCAAAGGACACGAUGGUGGCUAAAGGUGGCUAGACUUUGCUCUGGCAACGAGAGCAAAGAUCUAUUUCUUUCAACAGAUGGAAAGCAAAUAAGGAUUAUGGGAGUUUGCAAACAAUAAGAGGAAACUAUCGUUCUUGCCAAACAGAUAAACAAAAUGUGCUUGCCAAGCACUUCCGUAUCCUGGAGAGCACAUUUAUUCGUUUCUUCCUAAGGUCCUCGAAGAGCAAGCAUGGGAACAAAUCAACCAAAUUAGAACUAUCUGACUCAACAUAAGAAAGAACACCUGCACACUGGAAUAUGCUACUGUCCUCUUUAUAUCGUGCUAUGUCUGACUGUAAAGGUCUGCAUCAUUGGCUUCAACUGCCUCAUGAUCCCUUUUGGCCUGCAGUCAAGAUAAAGCAUUGGGAUUUUUUCAUUUUCCUAUUUUUGUACCCUGCACCUGGCAAGAAGUUCAGAUGUAUACACCACCGUCCUCAAAUGAACUACACCUACGCUAUGUAAAUAUAUGAAUUUAAUAGGAUAAAGUGAUUUAUAUUUAAUGAAUACAGUGUACUUUCAUUUGAAUAAUAAGACUUGUUGCUUUGGUGCCAGCAGGCUAGAUGAUGCACAGUUGAAUUACCUGAGAAAACAAAUGGACUCUGGCAGUAGUGGUGUUCUUGGAUUUUCACUUUAGACAAAAAAGCAUUAUUUCCUGAAUGCAGGCCAGAUAACUAAACAACAUAGAUAGGUUUUGAUCAGAAUCAAAGUUCUCAAGCCAGGCUGAGUGGAGCUUUGGCUGGGACUACAUCAACCCUAAAAAAGCCUCUCUUGUACAGUACCUACUUGCAAAGCAUCUUACAAGAUGGAUUCACUAAUCUGGAAAUACUGAAAUACUGAAGAUGAAAUUUGGGGAUCAGUCGAGUAGAAAGUAGUAAAGACAAGUUAUUAAUUCAUGUAACAGUAGGAUUUAAGCUUCUUUCCAUCCACAAUGGGUUGCCAAAUAGUAGACAAAGAUUGUGCAAGUGAUUAAAAUACAGUCCUAGCAUGAGGGAACAGAAACAAAAGCUAUUUGCCAGCAGGUCACUGCAGCAAUAAAAUAGUGAGUUGGUUGUUUGUUUAGGGACAUUUUGGCAUGUACAAAGAGGAAUGUGACCGAAUGGUUCAACAACUGCUCCAGGGGAGAGACUCAGGAGCUCACUGCUGUCAUCCGCCUUCUUAAAGUGUGUCUAACAGAUGUGACCUGCUUUAUGUGUUUCUAUACCCUUUCAGUUUGAACACGUAUUACAUUAUUUCACCGCAUUUCACGGUGUUAAUCUUGGGAAAUGUUUCAUGUAAGUGGAUAAGGUCUGUGGAGCAGAGCCUAAACAGUGUUGUUAUCAAAGCUGCAGUGGAGCUGAAACACGCCACAUUUUUAAGGUUGAAAAAAAAGGAAAGGACAGUAAAGUAGAAGAAUUUUUCAAUUAUUCAUUCAGCUACUGUUAAUUGUGGCAGUUCCAGUCAGGGUAAUGGGAUUUACUGUAGUCACACUACAUUACCAGCAAGAAAAACCUCUAAUAGAAGUCUAAGUGCAGUACUGCCUCAACCCUGCUCUUUCUGUUUAGGGGUAGGGUUAGGGUUGUUUAUCACAUCAUUUUUGAUUUUUUUUUUUUUUUUCUUCCAUUUUUUCAUUUUUGCUGAGUGUUAGAUGAGAAGGUUGAUACCACUUGUAUUGGCUUAGCUUAGCAGUAAGACUGGAAAUGGGGGAAAGUGGUAGCCUUAAUGGGUCUAAAGGUAAUAAAAUCCCAACCUGGUCACACAGACAUAUGUGAAAUGACCACAUCCUCUUAACAACGCGUGGUUGUGGUAGACACACCAAUUCCCAACAUCAUGCAAUGGGCAGUGGUUGACGUUACAACCCCAUAAGUACUGUAAAGAACAAAAAAAUCUGUGUAAGGAGGCGGUCGGGUGGUUGAUGGGUUAAACAAACAAGGGACUUUCACCCAGGAGGAUUGUGUCCUGUGUGAAACCAAAAGUCAGUGUCAAAUCAAUCAAAUGAGUUAUUUCAACUUAACGGACUUAGGCACUUUACAUAGUUAUGUAACGUCCCAUACGUAGCGAACAAAUGUACUUCUUUUAAUGGAAUCCACGACCUUUUUCGAAACCUCACCAAGCAGCUUUGGUGCCUAACCCAUCUGUACCACCAUCGGUGUUGGGUAAGGGUUACUUUAACAGUAAUCAAAGUACGUUAACUGCGCUACUUUUAAAAAAGUAACCAGUUAUUUUACUGCGUUACUCCCUGAGUAAAGUAACUCAAUCACUUUAAAAGUACUUCCAACGUUACUCCCUGAGUAAAGUAACUCAAGCACUUUUAAAGUACUUUUGAGUAUUCUACAUUUCCUAUUGGGCAAUGGACCACAGGGCGCUAAGCCUACAUUUUUUUGUCUCCAAAAUUAAAGUUAUGGACCACUUGCCCUUCACUGAGAUCCAGUUCUCCCAUCACAGCCGUCACUUUGACCAGUAGAAACACAGAACGAUCUGUUGCCGUAGACAACUGUAUGACAACAACACCCCAGUGUUUUUAAUAUUUCCUCUAGGGAUGUUACCACACAGAGUAAAAGGGGGAAAUGAUGGUGUGAAACAGCAGAGGCACUUUGUCAACCCGCUGAGUUAACGUUACUGUCAUUAGCAUCAAGCUAGCAAACAAUGGUACAUCCUCACAGUCGGACAUAAAGUAAUAACAUUAACAAAUAGCAGCGGGGCUUUUACUCACCACAACUGCAGAGGCUCCCAGCUUCAUUUGAAACAAACUACAUUAUAGACGGUCCGUUAUUUAUUAAUCCCUCUGUGUGUUUAUAGAUUUACUUUUUAUCCGCUCCGUUGUCUUUGUAAAGUUAACAUAUCGCACCGUCAUUUCAAACUCAACACUUGUUUCAAAUUAAAAGCCCCUUAUAACCUCGGCUAGAGAAUCACUCCAUUUUCUAAAUAGGCUUUUAUUCUGAAACAUCUGUCAGAACUUCCUGUGGAAGACACAGUAGCUUGAUAGUUUACAUAUGGCGCUUCAAAUGUAGCUCCUGCCAUCUGCUGACGCUUUUAGGUGACUACAACAACAUGUCGGCUGGCACAUGAACAGACACAGUUCUGGCAGUGACUCAAAUAAUAGUGAAAGUAAUAAAAAUAGGAUAAGAAUAACCUGAUGACAUCACACAUGCCGUGAAAGACGACCGGGGAUAAUUGGUGAGUACCAGCGUGUAGUGUGUACCAGGCAUAAUGCAAGUCCUGAGUCUGAAAUAUGUCUGUCAGCGAGUCCUACUCUGCCUGUUUAGACUUCACCGUAGACAACGGCAGCAUUUCUCUGACCACGUAGCGAGCCACAAGCUCCGUGGGUUCUUUCAGACUGAUAGAUAACGUUAUCUCCGUUAUUAGAACCAAACGACAGCCGUUGCUGUUUCGGAGCUGAAGGACCAGCGUUCUAAAAGUAACGGAAGUAACUGAUGUCUUGUUUGAAAAUGUAUUUACGUAUUUGAUUACUCAAGCUGCAAACUAACGCUUUAGGUUACUCGUUACUGCAAAAAGUAAUCAAAAUACUUUGUAACGCAUUAUACCCAACUCUGACCACCACCUUGCAGUGGUGUAAGGAAGUUAUGACGGACCCUAGUGUGCGCUAUCGUGCACAUAUUGUCUUGGAACAAAUAGAGGCUUGACAUUAGACAACAUCAACAUACAUUUUACCCAGCAUUCAUCAUUGCAUAUCUGACAAAAAUACCACUGUAAGUAAGAAAUCAAUCACUUAACUGAAUAGUUUUUAUAGUAUAUUUUAUAGCCCGCAUAGAAAAAGCAUAUAAUUUUGAUUUAGAUAGCUACUGACUAUUUCAGAAAAUAAAAAGAUUUCUAUUUUUUAUUUCUAUUAUUUUUCAAUUUUAUGUCUAUUUUUACGCACCUGCCAACUUGUCAUUUAAAACAUUACUUGCUGCCACCGUAUAAUGUGGUGUUAAGAGGUUGUGGUCAUUUCACGUAUUUCUGUGAAAUCUGGUUGCAAAAUCUGUCUACCAGCAUCUUAAAGCUCACUAACUUCACUAAGUAGACUCCAGGAAGCCAGCUAGCAGGCCUGUUUCCAGUCUGUAUGCUAAGCUAAGCUAACUGGCGUCUUGCUGUAGCUUCAUCUUCAGGGUACAGACAUGAGAGUGGUAUCAAUCUUUUCAUCUAACACUUAGCAGGAAAGCGAAUCAGCAUAUUUCCCCAACAUGUCAAACUUUUUUGUUUAACAUCAUUUUUGGCUAGCUCCAUAGCUCACUCUGUUGGUUGGUCGGUCAGUCCAUGAACAUUUCCCCACCCUUUGGCACCCAAGGGUUUUGCCCUAAGAGGCUGAAAUUUAGCAUUGAGUUCAAGUGUGUUUGCGUGAUGAGUGGUCUACAGCAAAAAUAAUUUAUAUAUGGAUUUGCAGACUUGCCCAAGAUGUUGUGGAAAGACUGGUCGUCAUGAGCCAAAGCACAGCUGAUUAAUUGUUUGUGCCAACUGGCAAAAAGGGGUAAUGCAUGGAUGUAUGUGCAUAUGUGGUUACAGGUGUUGGAAAUUUGUGCUUUUUAAAAAUCCUAUUGAUCUCUGUGGACACAAAAUAAGUCACAUUUUUACUUGUCCUCCAGGUAAUGUAGAAAUAGCCCAGAAAACCUAGAACCGUAUUGAAAAUGGCCAAAAAGUCACUGAAAAUAGCCUCCUGUGUGAUCAGGGCCGUGUGCAGUUUCGCAAUUGGGUGACCCUCAGGGGUAAUGAAAGAGACUGCUGAUAAUUGAAUCUUUGAAUGUGUGAAGGGCAUCAUUAUCUAAAUAUCACAAACAUGACGUCAGGACACCGUCCUCUCUGCUGUCUCUUGUUCUGUGUCACUGACUGGUAGAGGUGAAGCAGGGGAUUUAUUGUCAUUGUGUCCGUCCUCUGGACAAAGUGACAUAUUCAGUGAUUACCUGCUGUGUGUAAGUGCAAAGACGACUUCAACAGAUGUAUGUUACAUAUAAAGUUCUUUGUACAUUAAUCAGUAACAGAGGUCCUGAAACAUCUGGUUAAAAGAUAAUUAACACGAUAUUGUCCUCAGUAUGUUUUGAUAAAGGAAUCACAAAAGUCUUGCUUGACUGAUAGAGUAUUUUUCCUCAUGGCCUAAUUUAUUAUUCACUGGAGGUUGUGUAAAAGUUGAAGGUUAAAGAGUCGGUGGAUGAGCUCAGCUCUACUGUACACCUCUGCAGACAGAGAUGUCAUAUGGACAGGGCGCGUGUGGGGAUUCAUGAUGCAGCGGGUGCCUGGUUCCUUGCUCUAAUAGCCACAUCAUCCAUGCAGUCAUGGUUGUUGGCCCUCGUCGAUCGGUUAGUCUAACAGGAGUUAUGAUGCAGCCACAGUGGCGACAAGCACACAGGCUGAUGGACAGAUCAAGAUGCCCGCCGCCACUCACCUCUCCUAAACGCAGUCAUGUGUGAAAUUGAUUUUGCCGUUAUUACCUCCCUGUUGGCCUCACUCCCCCUCGCUCUCUCCCUCUGUCUCUCACAACAGUGUACAAAAUACAUCUCAUCAUAAAAAACACAGAACAUCCAUGUGCUAAUGAGGACCCUGUCAACAACAGAUUGAUGUUCAGUGUUUAUGUGGCGCGAUUCUGCGCCUCUAAAUGUGCGCAUGAUUGAUGGAGCUGCCAACGCCAGGUUGUGGGUUUUCUUUUUUUCUUGACAAACAUGCUGUUCUAGAUGACAGACAGAUAGUUAAAGAUGCUCCACACGCUCACGCUGCCAUUUUGAAAGCUGACAAGUUGCACGUUUGUGGAAAAGUUCAACCGCAUCCUGGGAUCAAGCUCUCAAUUAAUCAUUGUCAUCUCAGCUGUUUAAAUAGUUCAAUGGCAUCAAAAUAGCUUUUUCACAAGCUACAGAGUGCAGAUGGCUGGGUAAAAUGGGGCAUUCAUUGUAGUUUUAGAGCACUUUGGAAGUAAAUUGUGGCGUAACGCUCCCUCUAGUGGCUCAACUGACCCCUUUUUUAUUUUCAACACAAUCCUAUUUGAGGACGUGCUCUUCUAUUCAUUUUGAGCAGGCAGGAGUUGAAUGGCACAGUGGAGAAAGCAAUCCAGCUUAUUGCCAGUCAGGUUUAUUAAUUAACAUGACGACGAGAGUGUAAUUCAGCAUCUGCUUGCCUUGUAUGGAUGACUGGCCACACGACUGUUGAUUUUCACUGAGGACUGAGGCACUGAAAAAAGAACAUUACAGGCUCAGGACACUAUUACAUUUGGGAUUCUACUGCUCAUGACUGGCUCCAAAUUAUAACAGUGAACCGACAAUAAAGCACAGAAUGGGAGUCUUUCAUUAACAUCAUUGAUCACUGACCCUAUUGACUUCACAUGAGCUAGUUAAACUGGCAGAAGUGUGUUCAGAAUUUUGAAACAGACCACUAAACUAACCAUUUUUUUGCUUCUUUUAUUAGAGGCCCAAAAGUGUGUUUCACUUUGUUUAAGUCCAGUGUUUUGUGCUGACAAAGCAAGGCUACCUUUAUGUUAUGUCUUUAAUUCAUAUGGGACUUAAAGACACAAAACGUACUGGCUGUAAGGGUGAUCGCACUCACCUUGUUUUAUGUAAAAAUAUACAGUUUAUCCUCAUAACAGAGUGACUUUGAAACUUGUAUAUUUUUAUGCACAGUGGCAAGAGAGCAUUUUGAAUAUCAUGAAAUAAAUAAUGUAAGUGCAAUCAAGACAGUGAUAUAGUGUAAUAAUGUGCCCAUUUCCAGUCAAUACAGUACUUGUUCAAAGUGGGAAAAAAAUGAUCAUUAAGAAGCAAUGUGUGAGAUUUAAGGGGGAUUUAGUGGCAUCUAGCAGUGAGGGUUGCUGAUUGCAACCAUCUGAAACUUCUCCUGGUUAGAAUGCCUUCAGUGUUCAUUGUUGAGGAGUUUUUUUUAGCGGGAGCUCAAUUAUCUGCAGAGGUGUCUUCCUCUCCCAACCUCUCUUUUUCAAUCUUUGUCUUAGUCAAGCAUGGCCACAGAGGAAGGUAUCAACCUGAAACUUUGUGUACAGAGUCAAACUGAGUGUAAAAUUAAGUCCUUGAUGUCAGAGAUGAGAUCUGUUCACACUCUUAAUGGCACAAACAAGAAAUUUGGCAAAAUUGUGUGAUCACACUGCGCAGAGCAUUUCAGUUCUAACAUCCUGAGUGGCAUGAACCACUAGAGGGCGCAACAUACUGUGAUUUCCUUAUCCAAAUGACUUCAGAUGAUCACAAUCAGAUGGCUCUCAAAACAAUGUGUUAAUACAGGCUGAUUUUGCAGAUAGGUUAAUGUGUAAUUUCCUUGUUUUAGGGUGAAAGAUCUAUAGAUGGUAUUUUAUUGUGUUAAGCUUGUGCUCUGAGAGUGGGGGAUUCAUGGGCUCAAGCAACAUGAGGAAUGGUUUCAUUUCACCAGCCACUCUCAAGAGAUUAGCACAGUAACAAUGUAGGUCUCCCCUCCAUAUUAUUAUUCUCAUCACUCAUCUGUCUUCAGAGAUGAGAAUCCUUCAGGCUAAAUUUCGCCCAUUAGAGAGAGGGGGUCACUGAUGUAGGGUGAGUAUCUGGGAUUUCAUGAUGUAAACACAGAAGCUUUAGACAGGAAAAGGCCUCAACUUUAUUCCCAAAUUUGAUCAUAUUUUUUACGUACUGUAUUUUGGUGUUUUGGGCUCAGUCCAGUGUCUUAUAACCUAUUUGGGCUCCAGCUAAGAGACAUAGCGGGGUGUAUUUUGGUUAUGUUUUGACUACAAAUUUGCAAUUAAGGAUUCAUCCCAAUCCCACUGUUACUUGUUGUGUCUGAUACUUUAUGCGUUACAUGUAAAAAAUAUUUGGAGGCAUUUUCUAAAGUUCCCAUUAAUCUUUUUUUAACAUUCUUUUUGACACACUUUUCAUGCAGCUUGUGUAUCUGAAUGGUUUGACGUGUAAUAAGACCUCAUUUAACCCAGUUUUUGGAAUGCCAUAGGCCAAGAUAAUUAACGUGUAGGCCCUUGGUAGUUAAUGGGAUAAUACAUUCUAAUUUGUAUUACACUCUCUAGCACAUGUGCAAAUCAUUUUGGGGGUUAAUGACCUUACCAGUGAAGCAGGACGACAUGAUUCCCAUUGUUUGUCGUAGUGUCACGACAUUUACUUACAUAACCUGCAGGUGCAUGUUUGCACUGGUGACACAGAACAAUGAUUUGUGGCAUUGUGAUUUUUAUGAAUCCCUCAACAAUAUUACUCAAUAGUAGGAGCACCAAUUACAGCAAUAUGUAGAGUAUUAGAUAAGCCACACAAAGACAGCAAUAAUGUAAACAAGUGCAUAGAACACAACAUACAGUAUGUACACAACCUUAACUUGCUUCCUUACAUAAACUAAAUUGCACCAAAGGACUCAUUACAAUGCUUUUUCAUUAUGUAAGGAUUUAAGAUAAACACUUUAAUUGAUUCAACUCAUAAUCAAACACUAACAGACCCUCGAGCUGUAAUAAUAUUUGAAAAGAAGUGCAGAACUUUGAAUGCACAGGUUUGCUGGUGAUUUUCUGCAACGUUGCCUGAAUGAAACAGACUUGUGACAAUUAAAAUUGUGUAUUGUGUAACUUCGUAUUGAUGCCACGUUGAAUUUAUCUAAAGGGUGACAACAAACUAUGGUACUAACUGUACAUCGUUCCAACUUGAAUUGUUUGUCCUCUCAAGUUGUUGAAGUCAAUAUGCUGAUGAAAGUAUUUUUUGAACUAAUGUUUCAUUUAUUAGUCCUUAUCCAAUGCUCUGUUUUGAGGAAACAUGAUUAAAAAUGCUAGACAAAUCCCUGCCUUACGUUUUAAAUUCAUUUGAUAAGAAAUAUACUGCUGAACAGCCGACUAUAUGACACAACCAGGAGACACAGACCAUUUGUGUGUAGUCUAUGUCAAAUUGCUGUUGUGUCAGUCUGUUGAUGGAUUAGUUAAGAUCACAAUUGCACUGGUGGACAUUUACCAUGUGUAUGACAAUCUUAGACAAGCAGUGUUCAUUUUUUUGCCACUUGGGGGCAGCAGAACAACCUAAA